AUGCUGCGCCGCUUUGCUGAUCGUUCGGGGCUGCAGAAGGAGCUCCAGGGCUUCAAGAAAAAGCUGCAGCCGCUCAAGGCGCAGUUUAAGGAGGGGUUGAGGACUGGCGUUGAAGAAGCACAAAGAAAGACAAACGAAGGUACUCUUGGUGAUAAGCAAGCCUCGUCUGCAUCAUCAGUGCCGAUGGCAGACCACUCCUCAGGCAACACCGGUGAUGGCGCCUGUGCUGGACAUCACCACCGCACCCCCCAGCAAGAGCUAGAGCGGCACAUCAUCGCCGAGGAGUGGAGGAGAGCGCAAGCCCAAAUGAAUGCCGUGACGAUCGCGAACAACUAG